UUUUUUAUUAAGAAUAUGGAAAUUAUCUAUGUAAAAAAAUGUUGUUUUUGUAUAAAUUUGAAAAUAGCUUGCAUUAUUAUAGCAAUUUUUGAUUGCAUUCUCACAUCCUUGGCUCACAAAUUUGAUGCUCACGCUGAUGCAGUACCCCAUGUGGCUACUAUUAUCUUCCUUUGCCACUUUAUUAGCUGCAUAUUGCUCCUCCUUGGUGGUAUUUUAGAAAGGCCUGUACUCUUGCUCCUGUACAUGCGCCUUACUGUCCUGCGGGUAUUCUGGUCUUUGGUAUUUUGUUUCUUGGCUGUUUGUGUAGGAAAAAUUGCACUAGUGGCCAUUGCCAUUGAAACAUUGAUGAUCACGACGGGCGUUUAUUUUUGGAUAGUUGUCAACUCCUACUAUGGACUGCUGGGUGGACAUCAAUAUAUUAUUUAAUAAGGAGAGCUCGCUAACUUUUGAAAUUCAACAAUUUGAAUAAAAACUCACAGAGAUUUUUAUUUCAAAUUUGGAUGCUUACCAAAACCGAGUUACGAGUAGCUAUCUUUGGCUUGAAUCACCAUGCAGGGCCUUCAAUAAAAAGUUUAUAAU